AUGAGCCGGUUGUUGAGGCUGGGACAUAUCAGGCAGUUAGCAACUUCGUCUCUGCGGGGAGAGAGAGCACAGGACAUCACAAGAGUUCCUUUAUCAGUUCCUCUUCAAAAGUUUGCAGACAACAAAGGAAAAGCUCCGGCAGCUUGGGAACUUAAGCCAUUCCAGACUGAAAUAAGUAAAACAGAGAGUGGCAUAAGGAUAGCAACUGAGCCUCAUUUUGGGGAAUAUUGCACAAUUGGAAUUGUGAUCGAUAGCGGUGCGCGUUAUGAGUGUGGCUAUCCUCUGGGAACUUCCCAUCUUAUAGAAAAACUGGCUUUCGGGUCGACGCUCAAACAUCUUUCUAGAGAUGAUAUUUAUGGCGUUCUCGAGAAAAAUGGUGCUUUAAUUGAUUGUCAGAGCACAAAGGAUACUUUCCUCUAUGCUGCUAGUUGCUUAUCAAGUGGGCUUGACGAAGUUAUGGAAAUAUUAUGUAAUGCUAUCUGGAGACCACGGAUCACCCAUGAAGAGUUUGAAGAAGCCAAAACUAUCAUUGUUUAUGAAAACCAAGACAUGGCUCAACGCAUCGAAUGCGAACCUCUUCUCACUGAUUGGAUUCACACAGCUGCUUUCCGUGACAAUACACUUGGGUUCUCCAAAUACACAUCAGAUGAAACAUUGGACAAGAUUACGAUGAAGCAUGUCUUCUCAUAUAUGAGCCAAUAUCAUUCUCCUGAAAGAAUUGUCGUCUCAGGAGUCGGUGUUUCACAUCAAGAUUUGAAAGCCGCUGUUCAGAAGCAUUUGGACUGGAAAACUACAACUUGGUCGAAGAAUCCAGAUCUCCUUCUUCCAAACGUUCCUUCGAUUGAUAAUUCCAUAUCGCAAUAUACGGGAGGAGAAGUCAGGAUGGAGAAAGAUCUCUCCAAAUUAGCUGUUGGUACUCCAUACCCGAAUCUUGCUCAUGUAGUCCUCGGUUUUCAAGGAGUAGGCUACAAAGAUGACGAUUUUGUAGCUUUCUGUGUUCUUCAAUCACUCCUAGGUGGUGGAGGAUCAUUUUCUGCUGGAGGCCCUGGCAAGGGAAUGUACACUAGACUUUACACAGAAGUUAUGAAUAGAUGUUAUUGGGUAUAUGCUGCCACAGCCUUCAAUCACUCUUAUGCUGAUGGAGGACUCUUCUGCAUUCAAGCUAGUAGCGAUCCUGCUAUGAUUAAUAAUGUGCUAAUUGUACUGUUCGAUCAGUUCUUAAGACUUCUUCAAGGGGUUCAUAAGGAAGAAUUGGAUAGAGCUAAGAUUCAGCUCAAAUCGCAGUUGAUGAUGAACUUGGAAAUCCGUCCAGUAAUGUUCGAGGAUAUGUCUCGUCAGGUAAUGGGGCAUGGAACAAGACGGAAGCCGGAUGAGUAUAUGGAGAAAAUUGAUCUGGUGACUAACAAAGAUAUCAUACGAGUAGCUGAAAGGAUGAUGUCCCAUAGGCCGUCGUUAGUUGGAUAUGGUGAUAUAAAGCUGCUGUCGUCAUACCAAGCGCUGGAUGACGCAGUUGCUCGUAAAAGUAUUGACGAGUUAAAGCAGAAGAAGAAAGUCUUUAGUUGGCAGUAG